AUGCACAAUCAUCAAGGCAACGCAAGCUUUAUCAGCAAUAGAGCGAUGGGCACGGGACGCAAUGAAUCUCACGAAGCGCAGGCACUACAAAGUCAAGCGUUACGCUCUCCAGAAAACGAAGUAUCGGCGACGAUUGCCCAGCACAUGACUCACACUAUAAUCAUCAAAAAUCUAGUUUCAGAACAGCAGAUGAGGAUCGCUAACCUAAACUCCCUAUACUUCUAG